GCCAUGUGGGGUGGGUGGUGCCGGCUCUGCCGCCAUCAUGAGCGUGGCAGCGCCUGCAGCGCCGCGGCCCUUGGUGGGCAGCGCUGGCGCCCGGGGCCAGGGCUGCCGUGAUUUCACUGAAUCACACAAUAUGCUGAGUUGGACGGGACCCACAAGGGACAUCGAGUCCAACUACUGGCUCCGCACAGGACCGUCCCUAAGAAUCCCACCGUGUACCCCUGAGUGUUGUCCAAGUGCUCCUUGAACUCUGCCAGGCGUGGUUAUGCAGCCACUUCCUUGGGGAGCCUAUUCCAGUGCCCAGCCAUCCUCUGAGUGAAGAACCUUCUUCUAAUAUCCAACCUAAACCUGCCCUGACACAACUCCGGGCCAUUCCCUCCUGUCCUGUCGCUGGUCACCUGCCGUGGUAAGCUGUCCCUCCUCUUCCCCUUGUAAGGAAGUUGCAAUGGGGCCUCCCCUCAGUCUCCUCCAGGCUGGACCAACCAAGUGUCAUCAGCCUCUUCUCAUAUGGCCUCUCAAGGCUUUUCUCCAUCCUUGUGGCCUUCCUGUGGACACCCUCGAAUAGCUUAAUGUCUUUUUUUGUAUUGUAGUGCCCAAAACUCCCCCAGGACUUGAGGUGAGGCCAUCUCUGAGCAGAGCAGACCAGAACAAUCCCAGCCCUGGCCUGAUGGACAAUCCCAACCCUGAUGAUGCUGUGCCUGCUGCCCUCCAGGACACAGUUGGCCUUCCUGGUUGUCAGGGCACUGCUGAUUCAUAUUCACUUGCCAUUGACCAGGACCCCCAGGUCCCUUUCUGCGGCACUGCUUUCCAGGUUCUUGUUCCCCUGUACAUAGGGAUUAUCCCACCGCAGGUGCAGAAUCCAGCACUUUCCCUUUUCAAACCUCACACAGUUGGUGAUGGCCCAGCACUCUGAUUUAUCAAGGUCUCUCUGCAGGGCUGAUUUAUUGUACUGCUCUCUAGAAGCCUUAUGGAAUAGGCAGAGCUUGUUUCUUCCUAGGCUGCAGCAGCCCAGGAGGCAAGGUGGAGGCUGGAGCUGCUGCCUCAGCAUUGCCUUGCUCCGUGUUUGGCUCCACAUCAACUUGCCACACCUCAGCACCUUCUCUCCCUGGGCUCCUCUGCCCUGCCCCACCUCACUUCACCCCACCUCACCCCACCCCACCUCACUUUACCCCACCCCACCUCACCUCACCUCACCUCAUCACAGGGCUGCUCCAGCAAAGGGCUGCUGGAUGACUAGAUUCCCACACCAUCAGCUCCUUCCAGUCUCUUCCCUGUAUCUGUAUCAAGAAUAGUUUAGCCAGCAGGACCAGGGAAGUGAUCAUCCCCUGUACUCAGCAUGGGUGAAGCCACACCUCGAGUUCUGUGUUCAGGUUUUGGACCCUCACUUUAAAAAGGACAUUGAGGCACUGGAGCAUGUCCAGCAAAGGGCACCAAGGUUUAGAGUUUAGAGAGGUUUAGAGCACUUGUCUUAUGAGGAGUGGCUGAGGAGCUGGGGUUGUUCAGUCUCCAGGAGCUCAGGAGGGACCUCCUUGCUCUGUACAACUCCCUGGCAGGAGGCUGUAGUGAGAUGAGGCCAGUCUCUUCUGCCACGUCUGCAGUGAGAGGACCAGAGGAAAUGGCUUUAAGCUGGGGCGGGAGAAUAUCAGAUUAACUAUUAGAAAUACAUUUUUCCCUGUUCAGGAGGUCAGGCAUCAGAACAGGUUGCCAGGGACCUGGUGAGUCCCCACCCUGGAGGCGCUCAACAGGCGGCUACACCUGGGGCUGGGUGCUGUGGUUUCGUGGCUGAGGGGCGCAGCGGCAGCGGGUGGAUGGUUGGAGCGGAUGGUCUGGAAGGUCUCUUCCAGCCCUGGUGAUUCUGUGAUUCUGUUGUUACCCUCACAGGCCUCAGCAGGUGCUACAGUUGCCCCUGUGGUGCCCGUGCUGCCAGCCAGGGCUCCUGCUCUGGCACUGUGCUGCUCUUCCCAGCACCAUCUCCAUGCCAGCAAAGCUCCGCAGGGCUGGAGAGCUGUUAGCAGAGAACAGUCUGCUGUACACACCACCAGCCUCCUGAAACUAAAUGGGAAAAGAAGACAGGUGUUUGCCUGGAAAGCAGCUUGAAAGUCUGGAGAAGUUUGCGUGCACCUUCCCAGUUGCCUGUUUUGCCGUGGACAUACUCAUGGGACAGCAAAGCCACCUACAUGAUGCCAGACACGCCUGGGCUACCAGAGUGCAGAGCUGCCAAAAUCCAGCAGCAGGAUAAACAGUGAUUUAUCUCAAGGGUGCACGUGGAGGACAAGAGGCAGCAGUCACAUAUUGCAGCAGGAAAAGUUCUGCAGGGUGAGAGGAACACGCUCUACAUGAGUGUUGUGCAAAUUCCACCUCUGGAAACCCCUCUGUUGUGAUGGGAUAAGGCUUGGGUGACCUGACCCAACACUGAAACUCUGCUUCAGUGGGAGGUUGGCAUCCAUAUGGUCCCGAGUAAUUUUGAAGUUUGUUGUGUGAAGGCAAAGUUAAUAGCAAAUGAGAGUGAUCUGCACAUUAUAAUUGCAAGUGGCUAUAAGACUGAUUAGUUUAUUAAAAUGUUGUGACAACUUCAGGAGCAAAGUUACAAAGUCAUAUUCUUUGGAAGUGGUAGGAAAUGAAUUAACAUUAUUCCUCUUUUUUCCUUUUUUUUCUUUUUCCUUCUCCCUAACUGGUAGUGAAAAGAGUUUGACUUCUCACCCCAAGGUCAGACUCUGACCAGAGAAAACCUCUGUGAGCUGUGAUGGGAAACUGCUCUAAGUAGUUUAGUACCGUAUUGAAAUUUGCAUUUUAUCUCUUUCUGAUUGCACUGGUGGCCAUGGGUCAGCCUCAGAAUUUGCCUGAACUAAGUGAUUAGUAGGUUCAAAGACAUAUAUUGCUGAUGUUAGAAAUGUGUAUAUAUAUUAGUGAAACUAGUGUUGUAAUCAAUACUCUUCCUUUGUUUUUCUAUGUAAAAUAAAAAAGAAGUAAAAGAGGUUUUUAACUUUGCAUUUUAGAUACUUUACCACUCACUUUUGCUUCCAAAGACCUUAUCAGGAGUAAUUUGUUUAUUUAAGUGACUUCAAUAUUUUUAUUUGCUAACCCUUCCUGCGCUGUGUUCAAACUAUGUACAUUUUGGUUGUGCUGCUUUUAAUAUUGUUACAGUGAUCCUUUUUGUUCCCUCAGGGUUUGUUUUUAUCACAUUACAGCUCUUAUUUGCAUAUACCCUAUAUGUGUACUUUGUGAGGGAAGAUGCUCUGGACUAUUUAUUCCUUUUUGGUUUAUUGUCAUUCUCAUUUAGACAGUUGCAAUGCAUAUUUGCUAUCAGCUGUGCAUCACCUCAAACUUAUAAACAUGUCACUGUGUGACAGCUGGUACAAUCAGGUCCUGUAGGGUAGGGUGUCCGUGGGGUGGGCUGAAAGGGGAUGGAUGUGCUCUUGCAAUAAAGUAUUAUCUGGACAGUCCUGUGGGAUUUGUGUGGUAGAAACAGGGUCAGGAAGGGGUGAUGAGGGUGGCUCCUUGGGACAGAGGAAGGCAAAGAGAGGAGGAAGUGCAGCAGCAAAGUGGCUGCAGAGCUGUCCCAGGCUGCCAGACCUCCUUUGGCUGUGAGCCCAGGAGGUCUGUCCUGCCUCGGGCCAUGGCUGCAGACACAAACAGUUUGGUCUGUUAAUGUCAUCCACUGGACAGAUGUGUGAUUUAUUGCACUGCUCUUCUUUAGGAUAUUCAUAUUUCUUCUUUAGGAUGCAUCCUAAAACAAAUGCAUAAAAAAAUUCAGGUAAACCAGCCAUUGUGGAAGUUGUAGCAAUGUUUCUGCAGUCUUUUGCACUCUGAUGGUGCCUGGGCAACUCAGUGGCCCUGACAAAGCAGAUUAUAUGUCAGGUUGAGCUGAGUAUAUUUGGUACUAAUUUCCAUAAUUUCCUGGUAAUUUUCCCUUUCGACAUGCCAGUCUUUGUGCAACAGCUGGACAGAGCUUUGGCCCUGGGUCCUUGAUUUUUAGAAUGGGACAAAGGUCCUAAAGAGUACAAAAUUUUGUUUGGGUGAUCGAAUUGGUCCUCACAAAGUGCUGACACUAGUAUCUUGCAGGAAGGUAGAGAAAACGGAUUAGAAACAUACCAUAAACGUUUCUAAUACCAGAAAUUUUGGGGAACAUCUUUGAAGGAAACUUCGGUCGCAAUGGCAUCAUCCUGUCUACAGAUCUGUGCGUUGCUGCUGGCUUUAGCAGGAUUCACUACAUUACUUGUUACUACCAUGUCCAGCAGAUGGAAAGUUUUGGACACCACGACAGAGCUGGUUACUGCAGACUGGGUUUCUGAAGGUCUUUGGAUGGACUGUGCAGCAACUGCUUUUGGAUCAGUACAGUGCAAGCAAUUUCUCUACAUGCUGAGUUCAGACCCUCACAUUCAGGCAUGCCGUGCCCUGAUGAUUACUUCCAUCCUUUUGGGAUUCUUAGCUGCAGUACUCUCACUGCUUGGUAUGAAGUGCACAAACAUUGGGUUGAGUGAUGAAGAAGGAAAAAUGAAGUUUACUGUCACAGGAGGAUUUCUUUUUAUUUUAGGAGGUCUCUGCUCCAUGGUGGCUAUUUCUUGGUAUGCUGCAAUGGUUACUGCUCAGUUUUUUAACCAACUGUAUGCUGGAACCAAGUAUGAACUAGGAGAAGGUCUGUACUUAGGCUGGGCUGGAUCUAUCCUUUAUAUACUUGGUGGGAUCUUACUGACCUGUUCAUGCAGAGUGAAGGAAAAACAAAAUUACAGUCCCAAGAAGUAUGCAUAUUCAGCACCCCAGGCAGCUUCUCAGCCACACAUGUAUCCCAGGAGCUCUGAGACGGUCAUAAGCAACAAGGAGUAUGUCUGAGCUCCCAUCCUGCAUCCCUGCAGCCUUAGUGGGUGAUGAACUCCAAUAAAGAGGUGAAUUCUUUAUUCUGGUUCCAAGCUGCAAUCCUAUGCCUUAAUUUGGAGCAGUACCAGGAGGAGGUAUGGCUUUCGAUGUACAUAGGAAUGGGUUUCAGAUGUAAAUAGCUUUCUACAGAAGAUGCUGUGAUGUGAAAUCCUGUGGCAUGAAGGUUUUCUGCAUGCUGAGAAGCCUGGUAAAAUUUAACCAGAGUGCAGUAUAUGCUGACACUCAAGAGCAAUGGUUCCUAUUUCAGCUGACUCAAACAUGUGGAACUGAUAGCUGUAACUGACUGCAAGUUCAUAUGCCUCACAGUUAGAAAUGUGUUUUGUUUUCAUUAAUGUUUAGCUUCCUUCUUUUGUUUAGCAGCUUAAGCUUUUGACAAUAAAUAAACUUUGUUCCACAGACUGAAACAGAUUUUUUGACAAGUGGAAUUCUCUAUAAGGAUCUUAUGUUAUACUGAAAUUUUUAUUAUAUAUGAUAGUCAAGGUUUAUAAAAGCUACAACAUUUUUUCUAGCAAAUCUGCUAGAAUCACUUUCAAAUCUGCAGAUGUGCAACAAAUUUCUUGUUGGCUGUAAUGCAGAUACAAAAAAUAAACGACACAGAAU